GCAGUCAGCAGUCAGCUCAGUUAGGUUUUGGAUGUUGUUUGUUGCUACGGCGAGAGGAAAAAAAAUAUUUUUUUCAAAGGUAAAGUCAAAUCGGUUCGGUUCGGUGUGCUCCGAAAAAAGCAGUGAAUAUUUUAUGUUCUAGUGUGCCUGAGUGACGUGCAAACUGAGGAAACGAUAAGGCGAAUUUCGUUGGUUGUUAAAAGUCUGGCUCUUCAUUUUGUGUUCAGAAUUUUCAAGGAUUGGAUGUCGAUUUUCGAAGGAUGAUGUGAGUGUUUUCCGUGUGUGAAUUCGAUGAAAGUGAUUGUCGUCGGUGCACAGAAUAUUUUAAGUGGUUAAAAGUGUAAUUUUACCUUUGGGUUUCGAUCAUUGAUCGAACUUUUCUAAGCAGAGUAACAACGGAGUACAGAUUUGCUGGAUAAAUCAAGGGGAGAUCAUAACGAUAACGGAAAACUGCAGCAAACUUUCGAAGAACUAGCUAAAAUGGGGAAAACUAAAAUCCAGUGCAGUAAAUGCCAGAAAAAAUGCUCCGGCGAGGUGUUGCGUGUGACGGACCGAUAUUUUCACAAGACGUGCUUCCAGUGUAUGAAAUGCAACAAAUCACUGGCGACGGGAGGUUUUUUUUCGAAGGAUGGCGCCUACUACUGCACCUUGGAUUACCAGAAACUUUACGGUACCAAGUGUUCCGCCUGUGGUCAGUACGUGGAGGGUGAAGUAGUGUCCACCAUGGGGAACACAUACCAUCAGAAGUGCUUUACAUGCAGCAAGUGCAAACAGCCCUUCCAAUCGGGCAGCAAGGUCACUAACACCGGUAAGGAAGUAUUGUGCGAGGGUUGUGUCAAUGGGCCAACAUCAGCGACACUAGCGACGUCUGCUCCUCGCACGUCCUCUGCCACGACCUCACCAAAGAGACAGAUUGAACAGAAACAAGAGCAGCAAACGAUCAAAGAAAUAAUUUCCAGUCCGAGUAGAUCCUCGACGUUGCUACAUCAUCAGGAAGCGUUACGGAAGCAACAGAACAACAAGGAUCUGGAUCCGAACGAGUGUGCCGGGUGUAGCCAACAAUUGAAGGAAGGUCAAGCGCUGAUUGCCCUGGACCGCCAAUGGCACAUCUGGUGCUUCAAAUGCAACGCCUGCGGUGUAACACUGAACGGAGAGUACAUGGGCAAGGAUGGAGUGCCCUAUUGUGAAAAGGAUUUCCAGAAGUCAUUUGGCGUCAAGUGUGCCUACUGUAAGCGAUACAUCAGUGGAAAGGUGCUGCAGGCCGGCGAUAAUCAUCAUUUCCAUCCAACGUGUGCCCGUUGCACCAAGUGCGGCGAUCCGUUCGGUGACGGCGAAGAGAUGUAUCUGCAAGGCGGUGCUAUAUGGCAUCCACGCUGCGGUCCCGGACCCUCGUCCGAGUCUGGGAUUCUGAACGGGGUCGAGACGAACGGGUUCAACACGGAAACCGAAUUCGAUCGGACCAGUACCAGUGCAAUGAGCGAAAUUCAGUUUUCGUUACGUUCACAAACACCAAGUUUGAGUGGUUCUGUUUAUAGUCCUUACACGCAUAGAAAGUUCCAUCGCACUACCAGUCCUGGAUUAAUUUUAAGAGAAUACAAUCGUCAGGGUUACGAGGAUAUCGCUCGUAUCUACACCUACAGCUACCUAACGGAUGAGCCUCACUAUCUGAAGAAGACAAUUGAGCCGUACGACAAGGCACCGGUUUCACCACAUUUCCACCGGCCGCAUCAGUAUGCCAGUGGUGCGCGGUCCUCAUCCGGAUCUCGGUCACACUCGCGGAGUCGCAGUGCAAUGAAGGUGCUGGUGGAUAGCAUUCGGUCGGAAACGCCUCGCCCCAAGAGUCCCGGCAUGAACAACGAAGAACCGAUCGAGCUAAGUCACUAUCCGGGCGGAAAGAAGCCACUGCCGGGUGAAAAACCAAAGAUUGAACGGGAUGACUUUCCAGCACCACCGUACCCGUACACCGAUCCGGAACGACGGCGACGUUACUCGGAUACGUACAAACACAUUGAGUCCGAUGACGAGGUGGAUCACCAACAGGCAAAGAGUAAAGAGAAUAAGGAGAAUCAGACUGAAAGACGGCUUCGAAAGGAAGAGGAAGAGCUGAGUAAGUUAAAAUCAUCGGGUAUGGGAAAGGUAAUCCUAAAAGACCUUCAGGAGCACAAAAAGUACGAAACAUGGAAGCGGGAGAACCUCGAUCCACGGAAUGCGUCGCGUACACCGUCGGCAUCGAAGGAACCGAACUACCGUCUGCGCUACGAAUCGCCAGUCGGUGCUUCGCCCUCCCGCAAUCUGGACCAUCAAAGACCGUACGAGGAGGAAUAUUUCGAUCGUUCGACAAGCUACCGUGGCUCCGUUGGUCGAGCUAUCGGAAACGCACCUAGCUACAAUGCCAUCCACUCGUAUAGGUCACCACCGAAGCCGGGAUACGGAUUUAAAACCUCCACGCUACCACCUUCGUCGCUGAGAAAUGGUUACAGCUCUGUAAUGGUGAGUUCCUUACGACAAGUACCUAAACCGGGUUACGGCUUGGCCCCUCGUUCGCAAACCUUCAGUUCUGCUACAUCUGGCUCCGCUCACGGUGUUCCUGAUUUCUCGUUCGGUGGACUCGGAGAUAAGACCCACAGUACGGAGUUCAGCUGUGGCAAAAGUGACAUUUCAGUCGAUUCCAUAACGGAAGGCGAUCGGCGAGCUCUCGGUGCAGAUAUUCCUGCCUCCAGCACCUAUUCCGGUGCCCUAUCCUAUCACUAUCCGCAGCAACCCAUCCGACGCAGCUUACCUAACAUGGCACAUUCGAUGUUGGUGCACGAACCGGCGAAAAUCUAUCCCUAUCAUCUGCUGUUGAUCACCAAUUACCGUCUACCGUCGGAUGUGGAUCGGUGCAAUCUGGAGCGCCACCUUUCGGACGUCGAGUUCGAUGCAAUCCUACAGUGUUCCAGAUCAGAGUUUUACCGUUUGCCCCAGUGGAGACGCAACGAGAUCAAGAGACGAGCUCGUCUAUUUUAAAAAUCCAAAACAAAAUCAAUCAGAACGACAGUGUGCUCUUGGCAGGAAAGUAAGCGUUGUGCGACCAAGAACAAAUUAUUCAUCACUACACAACAACACGUACUAUUUUUAUUUUUCAAUGUUUCUUCAAGAAGAAAUGACUAGCUUUUACGAAGAGAACAGGAUGAAAACGAUUCAUCCUUUGGUAGUGCUAGGCUAGGUAGGAGGAGGAGCAAAUUCAGCUGACAAGGACAAUGAAAAAAAAACAUGGAGCCGGUUUUUAUUUUUGUUUCACAUUUUGUUUAUUUAAUUGACUAUAGUAUUCGACAAGAGGGACUUCAACGAGAGAAGAGUGUAGAGAAAAUUAUUCAUUUAUUUGGAAGUAGCAAGCGUCAAGGGCACAUAUUAAAGCAUCAAAUAACGAAAAUGAAAACGUAUCUUGCUUUCGCUUCAGACGCUAUUAUGCUGUAAUGGCAAACAUUUGAAACAACAAAACAAAACAAAUAAUUAGAAACUAUAUAUUAAUCCUUAGCGUAUUUGAUACAUAAUUAAGAGGAUUGGUAAUACUAAAAAAAAAGAAUAAAUCUAAUAACUAGAAGGGAAAUAGAAGUUGCAUUUAUCUAUGAAAGUUUCUGGCGCUGAAACGAUUCGUUUUUCUUCUUUCUUUGGUAUAGAUUUGUUGACAAAGUCUCCAUUGUGAAACAAACUGUAGAGAUACGAUAAACUUGAGGUGAAAAGUUAGAAAGUGUAAGCGAAACAUCCUGUAAAGCUGAAAUGCUUCUAUGGCUAAGGUAUGGACGUGAACUGUAGCGGAAACAUAGUCAAAUCUAAUGCAGCACAUAACAAUGGAAUCCUGCAAUGAAAUAGGAUGGAUGUGAAAUAGCCUUAAUGUUAGAGGCAGUGUUGACACAUUUUAAAUCGGAUCCGCUAUUUAUGAAGGUAUAUUUUUUAGAAAGUUAGAAUCACACCAUUCAUGUUGAGGUGCUGAAAUUAGAUCACUAUCGAUUUGUCAAACUGAAUACCAGUAGUAAUCAUCAUACCGUUGAUGUAAUUUCAACGGAAUUUUUUUGUGGUGUGAAGCAAUGUAACACUCGAUGAAUAAAUCGAACUUUACAACCAACAGACAAAUGAAAAAGAUUUGAUUGAAACAUUUUUGCACCAGUAAUUCUACCAAUUUCAAUUCAAACAAUAAUAGAAAUGUCAAAAUUAGCACCUCAAUACAUGAGCAUACAAUUCCAUUGAAGUGCGCUACCGCGGGUUCGAUAAUUCAUCUUCUGUCGAACAAAAACUGAAUUAUAACUCGAUAUUGCAAACACCAAAACUAUAAUAUUCAAAUGGUUCAACUACUAAAAAGCAAAAUCGUGACUCGAUAAUAUAGAACUUGCUUUGUACAAAAUUGAACAAACAACAAACCUUACGUCGGUGUGUGUAUGUGACUCAAACUGCUUUUGUGAUGUUAUACCUGGUAAGAUAAUUAACCUAAAAUUUGAAAUUUAUGACUGCCAUAGAGAAGAGAAAUCAAUAAUAACAACAACAGCAACAAAACAAAAUCAUCACAAAUUCUAGCAAGCAAAGUGAACGCACUCUAGCUUCUGCUGUGCAUCACAAGGACAACCAGACGACCUAACCCGUGAGCGAGGCAGGUACGAAAGUUUUAGCAAUAGCUGCAGCCGGAAAUUGAAAAUCAUAGAAAAAAAUUCAGAUGUUACGAAACGAAAAAAUAAAAUAUUUCAGGGCAAACUGCUCAAUGCAGAACCAAUCUUUAACGAUAUUUUUACUAUGUAAUAGCAUUAGAUUGUAGACGAGUUCGCAUAAUGCCGGAACCGAAAAGAUUUGUUUAGUUUUUUGUCACCUAAAGAUUCGAUACUGGCAGCGCUUAGCAGUGAUAACAAAACCUUGACUAUGUAAGCAUUAAAACAUUGUGCUUAGCUUCGUGUAGGUUUUUGUGGUAUGAAUCAUUUUUUGAACGCCGGAAAAAACAUUAUUCAUCAAAUAGUUGAUAAAAGAUUUGACGAAAAAAAUCUAAUCACAAACUCAAAAGAAAAAGGAUAUUGAUUGAUAUUUGUGCGUACUCCUUUUCAUAAUAACAAUUCUCUAACGAAUAAAGAAAUCAAUCAAGGUUUCAUACAACAACUAGCCACGCUUGCACGAACAUGGUUUUUGUUCUCAGUGCGUACAUAAAACAGUGUCUAGAAGAACUUUAACGUUAUGAUAUUCGAUACGAAAAAGCCCUGCUGCCUCCACUUACACAAGCAGAACAAAAAGCACCUAGCAAGAAAACCGUACAGUAUAGGUGAACCUGGACAGGCAUCACUACUAUAUCCGUAAAUUUGGCAGCAAACUAGAGGCAUCUUGAAGACAUCACUAUCCGCUGCAAGGGCAGGCCACAAAAUUAAACCGCAUAUGAUAAACACACAAUUAGGAGCCUUUCGCGGAAUAUUUUUGUGUUGAGAAUCAAUAGAGCUAUUUAUUGGAAACUAAA